AUGCAUGCUUUUAGGAAAUCACGACUUCUUGGGGGGACUGUGUGCCUCCUUGUCCUUGUGUUACUACCGUCGUUUGUGUGGUGUGAAGAGACGGGCGUGUCACCGGAUGUAUUGCUCUCGUGGUAUGAAAAGCUUUUGUUGUCUGAACCUAGCAGGGAUCCAAGUGGUCUCGGCUUUCGUUCUUUUAUGAACAUGGCUGCAUUCGAAGAAAGUGACGACGAUAAGUGCAUGAAUGGAGGCAUAAUGAGAAAUGGUGACUGCAACUGUCCCGAGGCUAGUAAUUUUACAGGUCUGCGCUGCGAAAUGUGCCAGCGCAAUGAAGUGUGCGCUGCCCAGCUUGACGCAUCCAGUGUGUGUCAACAUGGUCUCGCCAUACGUGGAUCCAGCACACAGUUUGAAUGCUCACUGAACUCCCCAUUUUUAUCUAUACUCGGGGGCGGUCGAGCAAUUGAGGCGGUUGUCGCAUUGAAUUGCAGCACGGAGGAUGGUACCGCUUUUGCCGCAGGCGAGGGGGGCGUGUGUAGCCUCACUUUAUUCCGCAUUGAGCCCCAUCGUGAAUUUGUGGAUCCUUUUUUCCAUUGCAACACUUCAGAAUGCUCCAUGCAGUUGGUGGUACAAAACAAAGGUAAUGAGAGCAACGAUCCACCGAAACCAAGUCGUGCAUUUAAAGCGGUGGUGUUGACAGGACAAGUGGUGAUUCUCACUAUAUGUGCUUUGAUUGCCUUGCUGCGUUUUGUAUCUUCUACACUCGGCUACCGUCGCAAGGCAAAGAUUGUGGUUGGCUUGGGAGUCAGCUUGACGGUUUCCACGGUUCUGUUUAUUAGUGUGAUGCUCAUUUUAAUGCGGUCCGAAGCCUCCGAUGUAUACGCCGUGUAUAAAUGUAAGCACACGGAGUGUCACUGUUCCAAAGACCCACCUGAGGGCUAUGAUCCUGUUUGCUCAAAGUCACUCGUGGGUAAUAAGAUUUUGCCGCUUAUCAGAAAUAGUAUUCGAUAUGCAUGUAAUUUACGUACGCGUCACUGUCAACUAACAAUGGAAGACAUCACGCUCGUGUUUGACCUUGAGUGCAAUGCCAGCGAGUGUGUUGACACGAAGAAGUUUCCCAAUGAACCAAAGAUGGUUCAACCAGAGACGGUGCAGGCGCAGCGCGACCUCCUUUUUAUCCUCACCCUCGUGCUCACUGUAGUGGUGCUCUUGAUUACCGCGCACGCCUUGUGGCUCCGCUCCGUAUCGCGCAAGCGGGCUGCAGAGUUUGUACGCAUGUUCGGUCUCUCGGAGCCGCAACCGCAAUUGGAAAAACGGUGUUCUCUGGAUGUAGCGAGCGAUAGCAGUGGUACUCCUGCCAAAACUUCUUUGCUGGAGAAAAAGGGGCCGCAGCAGCAAAACCGACUUUCCCUGCGAGGAGAUUCUGCAGAGGAGGAUGUGAGCUCCAACGGUACGGAGUCCAUUGGGCUCUCCUUCCACAGGCAUCCCGGCGGAUCGCACACGACGAGUGACGCCAGACGUAUUCUCAUCGCCAUGCCACACGAAGCGGACCGCAUUGAGUACUUUCGUCGUCUCACGAAGUCCCCUUUUGAGCUGCAGUUAACGGACCUUGCCUACUCCUUGCCCGGCUCACGAUUUGCCGCAAAGGAGGAGACGAGAACACGUCCACUUCUGAACCGAGUGAACUUCACGGUGCGCUCCGGCGAAGUGCUUGCCAUUCUUGGUCCAUCUGGUGCAGGCAAAACAACCUUGCUGGAUCUCCUGUCAGCACGAAGUAAACAGGGCAGGACGACAGGAACCAUUUCCCUCAAUGGCACACCCGUCAACACGGCUUCGGCUAAGUCAAUUAAGCAAUACCGUAACAUCAUUGGAUAUGUCUCACAGGAGGAUACUUUACUACCAGCAUUGACUGUGCAUCAGACAAUUGAAUACGCGGCGCGACUGAAACUUCCACAGGCCUUUUCUAACACGACCAUUAAAAGUAUUGUUCGACACAUGAUAGAGGCACUGCGGCUACAACAAUGUGAACACACUGUGAUUGGUGAUGGAAGUGGUCUUCGAGGUGUGAGCGGGGGCGAGAAGCGUCGUGUCUCUAUUGCGGUUGAAUUGCUUGCGAAUCCACGUAUUCUUUUUUUGGAUGAACCAACAAGUGGUCUAGAUGCGGUCAGUGCAAAACGUGUUAUGGAGUCUGUGGUAGAAUUGGCUAAGGAGUCACCCAUGCAGGCGUAUGCGCCACAUUAUUUUGCUUUCAAGCCUAUUGUCAUUUUUAGUAUUCACCAGCCAUCGCAGGAAAUAUUUGAAUUGUUUGAUAAACUCCUGUUGCUCUCCCGUGGGGUGAGUAUUUACUGUGGACCGGCCUGUAUCGCGGCAGAGACGCUUGAAAAGCGUAUUGAGCGCAUUGUGGGUGGUGCAAAGUCGGUUCCGCGUUCUGCCGAUCAUCCGAAUCAUGCGGAGUACCUUAUGAAAUUGGAAGAUAUUCUUGACGACACUACCCGCAUGGAGAUUCAGGCGGAGGAUGUGAGUUCCACAUUUGGCAUGAUGCAACACGAGGGAACGGAAUUUUUCCGAGAACCCCGCGAAAACAAUGGCACAAAUGGCGUAAGUGAAUGUGAAACGCUUGUGGAAGGCGAUGAUAUUCUCCGCAAUGCAUCCACCCUUCAUGUCUAUUAUGCAAAUGUGUACCAGCAGCUUGCGCUCUUAAGUUCACGGGCCGCAUGCUGCCUUAUUUCGUCCUUCCAUCUGCUUUUGUGUCACGCGGCGGUUACGGCGUGUGUUGGGGGCCUCAUGAUGGUGCUGUAUCACGAUCAAAGACUUGACCUCCCUGGGGCACUGAACCGUGCCGGAUCCAUCACAUUUAUGCUGCUUGUUGUUUCCUUUGUCUCGCUCAGUUGCUUGGAGCAGCUUGUUGUCGAGCGAAAGCUCUUUGUGGUGGAACGGGAAAAUGGUUUUUAUCGCACUCUACCGUACCUUCUCUCGAAGAUAUUUAUUGAUAUUCUUCCACUCCGCAUCGUCCCUGCGAUGGUGCUUGCGUCGCUUAUUUACUUCCCUAUGGGACUUCGCGUAGACGAUGGGGUGCACUUCUUUUGGUUUGUUGUUAUUGUGGUGCUCUUCUCCAUCUGCAUUACGCUUAUUGUGCUGUGCAUUGGAAUUAUUACGGGAUCGUUUGGAGCGGCAGCGUUACUUAGUAGUGUUUUUAUUUUGUGGAAUUUUGUUUUUGGUGGGUUUCUCGUGCAGUCCGAGACGGUGCCAGCAGCACUACGACCCUUUCAAAUGAUGUCGCCUUUUUUUGCCGCCUUUGAGGCGUUGCUUGUGAAUGAGCUUGACGGGCAGGCUUGCACAUUUUCUCCGACAGACGAAACGGGGAAGCCGUCAUCAACAAGCAUCCCAAUCAUGUGCCUUCAAUACCUGUCGAACAUUGGCCUGAAGCCGAAACGCUUCAACACAGACGUGGCACAACUUGCGGGCUCCAUUCUUCUUUUGUUAUUCACCGCGUGGUUGCUGCUCGCGAAGUUCACCAGCAUUGCGCGAUGA